UCAUAGGACGCCACCGGUCGGUUAUCAUCGCAAGUUAAAACGCUGUUCAUUUUCGUUCGGGCGCCAUAAGCCUUUAUUUCCGGUUUGCCAGGCGUGUAUUUGAGUGUUUGAGCUUGUCGGUUUCGCGUGGGGUUAGAAAACAAAGUUUCCUUGCAGAAUAAAAAAACACGAAAAAUAAUGUCGAGCAGCCGAAACGACUGCCGUAUAUACGUCGGCAAUCUGCCACCCGACAUCCGCACCAAAGACAUACAGGAUUUGUUUUACAAGUUCGGCAAAGUAACCUUUGUGGACUUGAAAAAUAGGCGGGGGCCGCCAUUUGCAUUCGUCGAGUUCGAAGAUCCGAGGGACGCGGAUGACGCCGUUCACGCUCGCGACGGCUAUGAUUACGACGGGUAUCGGUUAAGGGUUGAAUUUCCCCGCGGAGGUGGUAGCCACGGCAGCAGUGGCGGCGGUGGCGGUGGUUUUCGUGGUGGGCGCGGGGGAGGUGAUAGGGGACGCGGCAACCGCGGGCCUCCGGCUCGCAGGUCUCAAUUCCGGGUGCUUGUUACAGGUUUGCCGCCGUCAGGCUCUUGGCAAGAUUUGAAAGAUCAUAUGAGAGAGGCGGGUGAUGUUUGCUUCGCCGAUGCUUUCAAAGAUGGUUCAGGGGUCGUCGAAUUUUUACGUUAUGAAGACAUGAAAUAUGCCAUUAAGAAGUUGGAUGAUUCGCGAUUCCGGUCUCAUGAGGGCGAAGUCUCCUACAUUCGCGUGAAAGAGGACAGGGGGGACAGCGUGAGGAGGUCCGGCGGGAGGUCGCGAUCUCGCUCGUACUCGCCGCGGCGUCGGGGCUCUCCCACUUACAGCCCCGUGAAGCGCAGCUACUCUCGUAGCCGAUCUAGGUCUUAAGUUGUCAAAGUAUGUAUUUUUUACACAGUUUCCAGGCCACUCUUGGCGUUAGUAUAUACAUAACAUUUGAACAUCUCCUCGUUGUAUGAAACGCCUCCUCCCCAUUUUGUAAUCUUCCAUUAAUUGUGAUUCGCGCAGAAAUUAUUAUUCGGGAAAAAAAAACGACAUUCCUUGAGCGACCUAGACGCCUAACCGCGUCCGCGUUUAAUUCGAUACUUCGAUGUUAUGUUUUUUUACAAUAGCGAUAGGUGUUUUGUUUUUACUCUUCAGUGUUGGGUCCCGUCGCCUGUCACUGUAAUUUUCGGGUCAUUCGUCUUCGCCGUUAAAGUUUAAAUUCCGCCAGAAUUCGUUAGUGCGUCAAUUCACUCCAUAUGGGAUAUAAUUUACUGGGAACCUUGCAAUUUGCGUUUUGGGCGUCACAAUUCACUCAUUUAGAUUUCAAAGCCCACCUUAGUUACCACAAAUUGUGGGUUGUGCCCAGCGAUUCGUUUCAGACUACAUAGAGUUUACUAAUUAUGAUCCACAGUUACGUUUUUCGCUACAAUUCACAGAUUAUGGGAUUAAGUUGGACGCGAAGGAUGGGUGGUUCCUGGCGGGAGCGAACGAGAUGGCUGGCCCGAAAAAAAAUAUAUUCACAUCCCAUUUGGACUAAUAAUAUUUGUAUAACUAAUGUAAUGUUUUGUGUUCUGGAUUGUCGGUACCGAGUGCCGAAGCGAAAUGUGUCAGCGUUGGAGAUUGGUCUCAAAUACAUAAUAGUAAAUAAUAAAAAAGGAAAAUAAAUAAUAAGUGGAUGGUUGUGAGUUUGCCCUGCGAGAGAGAGAGGCAAGAGGACCCUCCCCCCGAGCGGGAUCUUAUUUUCUAUUAAAAAGGAUCGGAAGAUCGAGGGCAGGAGGAAGGACGGAGGAUUUCGGGGUCGGGUUUUUUUUUAUGCCGGGGCGGCGGGGUUGGGAUUUAGCUCUUGUGGUCUUUAACGCGUCGGAGGGAGGAUUUUGUUAACGAAAAGGAUAGGAUUCGGGAGGAAAGGAUUAAAGGAUUAGGAUCUCUGGACCAUUCGGUAAAUAAUUACGCCUCUCAAGGGCAAUGUGAUAGGCGAGGGCGCGCGACCUCCGCCGACCAUCCGGCUCGAAGGACCAGCCGGAGGCGCGCGCGCUCGUCAAUUUUUCUCGUUCUCGACGCCCGGCGCGGCUCCGGCAGUAACGCAAAGGUUUUACUCAGGUCUCUCGCUUCGGAACCGCCGGCCGAUUCGAGACAAAAGGGACUGACGAUCACGCAUUUUCCUAGGACAAAAUUGUCGGACACACGCCCGCACAUCGCGUUUGAAUUUUGCGUCUCGUAUGUCGCGCCGCCGACGUGGGAAAAGGAGACUAGAGUGUCCGUAAUUUUGCCUAGGAGGGUGGGGAAAAAAAAUCAAGGGAUCACACGUCCAAGGAAUGUAAUCCGGCAGGUAUUUUCCUUUUUUUUUUUUGGUGUAUUUUAGUGUCUUUUUUUGACUACUGUAUCAUUAAUCGCUGUUUUUUUUUUUCGUUUGAAUUUUAUUUUUCGCGUCACCACCCCAGACCGAUUACUUUCCUCUGCAUGUUUUCUUUUUCUAAAUGGUGGGUAAAUAAUAAAAACGAGUUGAUGGAGG